AUGGAUUUUCACAACUUGUUGCUGUUCACUUUAUCAGUUUCCCUGUUGCGGUGGUGUGCGACACAACCCUUUAACUCUACAUCCGCAGAUAUUGGCUAUGAUGGUCGCAUUGUUGGCGGUGAAGUGACUUCCAUCUUGUCAUAUCCCUUUCAAGUGUCCGUACAACAUGAUAGCUCACACAUUUGUGGUGGUUCCAUAUUGGCGGUAAAUAUCAUCCUCACAGCCGCCCAUUGUAUUGAAUAUCCCGAAGAUGUCAAAGGUUAUCGCAUACGUGCCGGUUCCAAUUCCCACUCUCGUGGUGGCCAAUUACUGACCGUUCGUCAAAUUAUCAUUCACGAAGCCUACAACCUGAAUGAGCUGAACUGUGAUGUGGCCUUGAUUCGAUUAAACGAACGGCUAACCUUUUCAUCACGCAUCAGGGCCAUCGACCUGCCACAGCUUGGUGCUGCAGUACCCAAAAAUGUUGAUCUCUUUGUAAGCGGUUGGGGUUUGACAAGUGAAACGGGUUUGAUUGCACCACUGCUGCAGCAUGUUGCCGUCCGCCUCAUGGAUCAAAGGGUGUGCGAAGAAAAUUAUCUUUAUAUUGCCAACAUAACACCAGAAAUGUUUUGUGCUGGUCUACCCGAGGGUGGCAAAGAUAGUUGUCAAGGUGAUUCAGGCGGGCCAUUACUGGCCACCAUACGGCCCAUACAAUAUGGUAUUGUAUCGUUCGGUGUGGGUUGUGCCCAACCGGGAUAUCCAGGUGUUUAUGUCAAUGUGGCCGCUCUAAGGCCAUGGAUAGAUCGUAAGAUAAAGGAGAUGACAAAAUUGAGUUAG